AUGGGGAAAGGAGACCUCUGGGACGAUUCUGCUCUCAUCGACGCUUUCGACCACGCAAUUUCCAAGUACAAGACGAUGCAUGGGAUGGGAGUCCGAGGUGGGUCAGGUGAGGGAGGAAAACCCAUUACUAGUAAUGGGGAAAAUUUUGAAGUUGAUACUAAGAGCAGUGAAGUUAGCUCCUCUGCAGGACAUGUGGAGGCAGCUGAUGGCAAGAAAACCGCAUUAUAUGCCACUGCAGAAAUUGGCGAGACUGGCAACGUUUCACCAAUUGAGGAAUAUCCUUCCGAUUCCGUGGAGUUCGUUUUCCCUGAAAAACAUAUAGUUUCAUCCACUGUGCAAAAUGGUAACCAUACACCUGACAAAGAAAAUUCUGCAAUGGAGUCGAGUUCUCCAAAGAAACAUAUAGGUUUGUCCGAUGCGCAAAAUCUUCAAGAUGAGGCCACUUGGUACUCACAAAGUCCAGAAGAGUACAACCAGUUACUGAACAAAUAUUACGAGCUUGAGAGUCAGAGGCAGAAUAUUCUCCAGCAACUUAACCAAUUCAGCAAUUGGAGCUAUGAGCAUCCCGUUUCUAGUACAUUCACUCCUGAAUAUCAUCAAGGUUCAAUUGCCCAGUCUUCUUACCAAACAGUUACCUGUUACUGUCCAUAUGGCUGCCAAAGUUCAGUGGCCUGCUGCCCUUCAUUACCAGCUCACUGUUCAGAUGGUGCUUGUGUUGAUAAAAGUUUUGAUACUACUAGAGUUGGUUGUAAUGGGAAUUCAGCAUCUCAGGAAGAUCAUGAUUUUGUUAAAACGGCAAUGGUUGCUGCAGAAAGAGCACUUUCUUCUCUUACGAAGGAAAUUUCUCAGAAGGCUGAUGCAUCUGUAAAUGGAGGGGAGGAUAAAGAAUUGCAGCCAGAAGUUAGCCAUUUACCAGAAAGCACCGAGUCUGGAACAGAUCUAGCUGUGGUUUUGAAUGCUUGGUAUUCUGCAGGUUUUUACACUGGAAAGUAUCUUUCGGAACAGUCCUUGGGAAAGAAAAGACACGGCUAA